AUGGGCUGUGCUCCCUCAAAGCCAGACCAACUCCCGGUUUCCCCGGCCGAAUAUAAGAGGAGGAAGGAAGAGGAACGGAAAAGGCAGAAAGAGGAACGAAAGAAGGGGAAGAUGCAAGCCACAAUCAUCAAGAAGACGACAACGUUGAAGAAAAUCGACCACACCAUGCUUCACGAAGUCAAUGACCAGAAACCGGACGACCCCGCCAACAAAAAAUUCAAGAAGUUUGAGCACUGGCUAAGCAACGAGUAUCACAUCCCUGACGGCGUUCACCUCAAUGUGAUUCGGCAAUGCAAGGGCCUAGGGAGAGACUGGGCCCGCCUCGAGGUUGAAUCCACCCAAGAGGCCUUGUGUCUUCACGACAACUUGUCCCGCAAAUAUUGUGUUCCCAGGUAUAGGGAUGAGCUCAAACUCUGCUACCUGAUAGAGAGGCUCGUAUUCAGUACCUUGGGGACACCCGGGGUGUUCCCGGUAGCCCCGGGCGCCGUGGCAGAGUCUCUCUGCGGCCAACUUGCCAGGCUCAAGUCGGGAUCUGACAGUUCCGUUGUUUCAACCAUUGGCGGCCUUGUGAAAAACAACGCAGAUGGUAGUCUGUGGGCCUUGACGGCCAAGCAUGCUCCCCGGCCAAUUGGAGAAGUGUCGAAGCCGAAGCUGCGAGAUGCCUCCGACAUCGAGCCUGACGAUUACGAUGCGAAGAAGAUCAAAUCACUCUGGGCCUUCCCGACAAAGCAAAUGGCAGCAGCAGCACCACCGAGGGCCGCCGCAACAACCCCGAUUCCGUUUGGGUUCGACGAGGAAAUUGAUAUUGGACUGGAAUGCCGCCUUAUCCGUGUCGGCAAACCCGACCUCAUGCUCCCCAACUGUUUCAAAUUGGAGCGUGGCCGCCGUCACGAGAGCCUGCAGUGUGACAACCACGAGCCAAAGCCACAAGCAGGAAGGGUUGCAGUCUUGUCCGGAGCCAGCGGCUGCCAUUUCAUGAAUAUGUUACAAAACAAGGUGAGUAUCUGCUUGCCCUCGGGCAAGUGGGAGGAGGCGUGGGCCCUCGAGCCCGAGGAGGAAGGGGGUCGCGUCAUGGUGCGAGAAGGCGACUCGGGCUCGUGGGUUGUGCAUCCGGACCGGGGAUCCGUCUUCGGCAUCGUCAUCGCCUCCACCUCCCACACAGUCUACCUGAUACCCCUGAAGAACGUCCUCAAGCGUGCAACUUACCACGGUAACUUGGACGACGAAAACUCGCACGGCGGAAACCCGCACGACGACGGAAACUCGCACGACUGA